GAAAGCCAGGCUCAACUAAAACAAAGUGACUCUUUUUGCUUUUAAAAGUUCACCUGUUUUAGAAAUGACGGGACGUCCCGCAGAGACAGCCGAGGUGGGGAAUCAACUUAGCUCUGCGGCCACGGCAAGUCCCAGCAGCCACGGCGUUUUAGUCUAACAUGGGCUAGCUAGAGCGCCUCGCAGCCCCACCUUUUUGGGGAGGAGUUUCGCGGGAGCUGCCAAGCUAUGGCUCCCUCCCCAGGCCAAUCCCCAGAAAAGGAAAGUGCUUGCAAAGCACUGAAAGUUGGAGGGAUCUAUUUUGGGAACCUUGGUGAGACUGCGAGCGGCAAAUGCCUCCCCGUCCUGACUCCUGAUGCUAUGAUGAGCUUACUCUGCUCUGGGUGGCGAUGUGGGUGAUUUUCUCUCUCCUGACGGCAGCUUCUGUCAUUCCUCUGGCGCCGGCUCUCUCCGGCUCCUCUUGGCACUCUCUACACCAUCUUUACCUGGGGGUGUCAGAACCCAUUCAGGCUCUGCCCUUGUUCACUCAGCUGGGCUAUGUGGACGACCAACUCAUCACUUACUAUAACGACAGCACAAGGAGGGUUCAGCCUAGGGUCCCCUGGAUGGAGAAAGCUGAGGAUGCCCAGUUCUGGGAGUGGGAGACCCAUUUUGCCAAGGAUGCUGAGUUUUUUUUCCAGUUAGCUCUUCCAACCCUGCAGGAUCGCUACAACCAGAGUGGAGGGCUUCAUACCUGGCAGUGCCUGGUUGGCUGUGAGAUGAGCAAAGACGGGAAGCAGACCGGAAGGUACAUGCAGUGUGGCUAUGAUGGGAGGGACUUUAUCAGCCUGGACAAAGAGACCUUCACCUGGACAGCAGCUGAUGACAUGGCCCAGCUGACCAAGAAGCUGUGGGAAGGUGAAUGGAAUGUUGCCCAAGAUUGGAGGCCCUACCUGGAGGAGAAAUGCAUUGAGAGGCUGAAGAACUACCUUCACUAUGGGGAAGAGACUCUGCUGAGGAGAGAACCUCCAACCGUGAAAGUGACACACAAAGUGGGCCAUGAUGGCUGGGAAAACCACACCUGCCAAGCUUAUGGCUUCUACCCCAAGCAAAUCAACAUCACCUGGAGGAAAGAUGGGAAGGUCUGGGAGCAGAACACAUCCCGUGGGGGUGUCUCCCCCAGCUUGGAUGGGACCUACAACUCAUGGGUCCACAUUGAGAUUGACUCCAAGGAUAGGGACCACUACCGGUGCCAUGUGGAACACAUUGGCCUGCUAAAGCCUCUAGACUUGGCCUUGGAGGAUCCUGCCUUGUGGCCUGUGGAGGUCACACAGGCAGUCAUCAUGAUGAUUGUGGCUGUUGUUUUGCAGCUGGCUGUGUCUUUCUUACACAUUGCCUCUGUGCCGAUGCAGUUCCUUGUGGUACCUUUCUUGGUGGUCUUUGUUCUCCACCUUGUGCUGCUGUUUCUGAGUGCCUUCCAAAUCUUUCCUUUGGCGGCCAUUGUGGAACCUGUCUGGGGGUUAAUGAUUGCCAUACCACUGCUGUCUGAGAUUGGCUCAUACAUCAUCAGGGGACUACGGAGAAUUUUCAACAUGUGACCAGUCGCCUGUCAGGUGUGCCACCAGGAUAUGGCCACAAGAGUCUUCCAAAGCAACCUUCAUAGCAGCAUCAAUGUUGUGGGGGGAAAGGAGCCCUUUCAUCCCCUCAUAUGGACUCUCUCGCUACCUAGUCAGCAUCGGUGUGAAGCUUCCUCACUCUAUGCAUAGAGAGGCAUUCAGAAAACCAGUCCGAUGGUGAGGUUCAGGGAGGCGGCAAGGGACACUCCAGUCACUGCCUCAACUGAGGGCCUUUUAUUUGUGCCCGCUAUUUACCCCUUAAGGGCUGCUGGGUCUCUCAGGUUUCCUGCCCUGGCUCGUCUUUUCUUAUGGUGGUUUUUUGGUGUGUAAUUGUUUUUACUGUUUAACUGGUUUAAAGGUAUUUAAACAUGAUUAUUAAGGAGUUUUAUUAUAAUUUGAUUUUUAUAAACCACCUUGGGAUGUCUUAUGGAAAGUGGUAUAAAAUUGAACUAUAAAUAAAAAUCUACUACUACUCUUUAUAUACCACUUUUCAACACAAGUUCUCAAAUCUUGAGAGAACUUGAGAGGAGAGCUGGUCUUGUGGUAGCAAGCAUGACUUGUCCCCAUAGCUAAGCAGGGUCUGCCCUGGUUGCAUCUGAAUGGGAGACUUGAUGUGUAAGCACUGCAAGAUAUUCCCCUCAGGGGAUGAAGCCGCUCUGGGAAGAGCAGAAGGUUUCAAGUUCCCUCCCUGGUUUCUCCAAGAUAGGGCUGAGAGAGAUUCCUGCCUGCAACCUUGGAGAAGCCGCUGCCAGUCUGCGAAGACAAUACUGAGCUAGAUAGACCAAUGGUCUGACUCAGUAUAUGACAGUUUCCUAUGUUCCUAAAUCAGUUUACAUACUGUAAUGCACUCUAUGUGGGGCUGCCUUUGUAUGUAGUCCGGAAACUCCAGCCUCAAGGGCAGGAUGCCUUGGAGUACCAGUUGCAGGGGAGUAACAGCAGGAGAGAGGGCCUGCCCUCAACUCCUGUGUCUGUAGGCUUCCAGCGGCAUCUGGUGGGCCACUGUGUGAAACAGGAUGCUGGACUUGAUGGUCCUUGGGCCUGAUCCAGCAGGGCUGUUCUUAUGUUCUUAAACUACAGCUGGUUCAGAAUGCGGCAGCUAGGUUGGUCUCUAAGUCAUCUCGGAGAGACCAUAUUACUCCUGUUUUGAAAGAGCUACACUGGCUGCCGAUAAGUUUCCAGGGGAAAUACAAGGUGCUGAUUUAACCUAUAAAGCCCUAAAUGGCUUGGGCCCUGGGUAUUUAAGAGAAUGUCUUCUUUGUCAACAAUCACACAUGAACCCCACCGCCUAUUGAGAUCAUCAGGAGAGGUCCGUCUGCAGUUGCCACCGGCUCAUCUGGUGGCUACUCGGGGAUGGGCCUUCUCUGUUGCAGCCCCACUGCUUUGGAAAGCGCUCCCUGCUGAAAUAAGUGCCUCCCCCAUCUCUGACAAUUUUAAAAAAAUCUUUAAAGACACAUUUGUUCACCCAGGCUUUUAAUUAAAUACUGUUUUAAUAGUUUUAACUUUGUUUUAAAAUAUUGUUUUAAGGUUUUAAAUUGUUGUAAUGUUUUAACUUUUUGCUAUCAUUUAUUUUAACCAAUGUUUUAAUUUCUUUGUUGUCAUUUAUCUGUUUUAACUAAUGUCUUAACUUUUCUGUUUUUGUU